AUGGCUGUGGCACCACCCCAUUACGGCUUAGGUAGCAAUUACAACUACUUUCUUGCAGCCGGAGGCGAUGCAAUUACUGGUCUCGACGUCCAGAUAACCUUUGCUGAACCAUUGAUCUCCGCCUCCAAUGGUAUUGGCUUUCAGCUUAAUACCUACGCUCAGGAACUUCUUGAUGCCCCAAGUACUACUCCCAAUUGGCAGCAAUAUGUGGUCUUUACUGCGCCCGAUAGCCGAAACCUCCAGGGUGUUAUUGAUAACUGGCAAGGAGUCCCAAAGGAGGAAACGGAUCAGCAGAUAAUCAAUCAUGAAGUCAAGUUGGCCACUCUAGCGGAGGCGAAUGAGAUACCUGCCAACGCAACUAUCAGCAUCACGCCCAUCUUCGAUUCUGCCGACGUAAUUACUGGUAUUACGUUCAGAUAUGCUUCUCCGGGGAAGAAGACCGUUUCUCAAUCCGUUACUUUGGCCGACCUCGACAUCUAUGGCACCGACGAUAAGAUCAACUCGGCGUAUGAGUCUCCCAUCUCCGCCUUGACGGUCAACAUUGUGGGCGACUACAACGGCAACGAUGGCGUCUUUACCUCUGGUUUGGGCACCAUUGUCUACACCGCCGCUCAGCCUCUGACUGUGCUUACAAACGAGCCAAACUACACUGCGUUCCAGGAUGGUACUGGCGAGACUGCCAAUACCGUGUAUGGGCAACUACCCGUGUCGCGCAGCAAGAAGAUUACGCAGACCUGGGGCAUAUCGGCGGAUGGAGUGCCAGUCAUCAAACCAGCUGUUGGUCACAAAUUGCCAAUUCCUCCCAGUGCCAAGUAG